AUGGCUGCUACUCCGUCAUCCCGGCCCGGUUUCACACCAUCUGGCGCCCCCGCGAUACCCUCACCACCAUCUGACAUUGACUUCCCGCACGAUGUCUUCCCCCGCCUGUCCGUCGCGACACCCACGCGGCUGAUGCUGGGCACAAUCUCGUCAGCCGUCGUGGGAUUCUCGCUCGGUGCGACGCAGGGUGGUCAGAUGGCGCAGUUGCGGUUCCGGGCCGAGCACGCCCACAAGAUGCCCGACACGACGACAGGGUGGUAUUUUUACCACAAGAGCAAGAACUACCACGCCAUGCAGGGCGGAAUCCGUGAGGGCUUUCGCAUGGGGUUCAAGACGGGGUUCUGGAGCUUGAUGGCCUUGUCUCUCGAGAGCACGGUUGACCGUUAUCGCGGGGCCAGCGACAUGUUUUCUACUACGAUAGCCACGCUUACAGUAGCUGGCGCGUUUUCUCUCUGGCAUCGCCUGUCAUUAACAACCGCCGCCCGGACCGCGCGAUACGGGCUCAUGUUUGGUCUCGCGUAUGGUGGGAUUCAAGACCUCGUUGGCUUAGCCCGAGGCAGACCGAUCGGAUAUGUCGAGUUUCUACGACGUCGUGGAUCAAAGGAUAUUAAAGACGAUGCUCACACAGCGUUGUGA